AGAGUCAGACAGAGCUCAGAGUCGGAGGAUGGAUUUGAAACCGGUUCUCAUCUUCGUACUGUUCAUCGUGCCCAUGUGGUCGUCCAAGAUGUUCCGGUGCUAUAACGACCAGGAGCUACAGGCAGCGGCGGACAGGAAGCUGAGGACGCACUACCUGCGGCCCACAGAGGCUCCGCGGACAACGGCUCGCAGCUCAUCUUACUCUUGUCCCCUGGAACUUUACAAGACGCCGCUGUCAGAUGAGCAGCGAGACAGGUCACUGUCCCCCUGGAGAUUCGUAACUCACAUCAAGGAAGAUCACUUUCCUUCGACAUAUGUUGGUGCUCAGUGCCUGUGUUCAGGAUGCAUCCAGCUUAAAGACAAUAAAAUGAUUGAGGACUAUGACUACAACUCAGUUCCCAUCGUUCAGAACAGAGUGUUUCUCAAAAAGGAGCUUUGUGACGAUAAGAAGACUUACCGUCUGAGGCCAGUGAAUGUGGAAGUAGCUGUGGGGUGUACCUGUGUCAGACCCCAGAGCUCCUAG